AGACCAAGACCAAGCAAGAAGAUCUAACUUGAGUCCUUUGACUACUAUUCCAUUCCACCGCUAUAUUCUCGCUAGAAUCAACGUUAACUUCCUUUUGCUCGAGCACAUCUACGUCAAACCUCUAGACCAGCCGGUCAGCCAUACAUCAAAUUCUAUAAUGGACGCAUUGAGGGGGUCUUCGCCAGCUAAGAACGGGGCGGGUUGCGAAUCACCCGAACAACUACUCGAUUCCUUCAAGGCUGCAGCAUUAUCCGUUACAAAACUCUAUAAAACCUCGGUCGCCGCCCAGACAAAAGCCCGUGCUGAUGGAUACCAAGAUUGCUUGGAUGACCUCCUAGCCUUUCUCGAUAAGUCGAACAUUGGUGUCAGCGACGGCGAAGGGUGGCUAAUCCGGAAGUGGGCGACCGAGCGCCUGGACGGACGAGACAUAUCGCCCCAAACGGUGGAGAGUGAGGACGAAGUAGAAAAGCCCGAACCAGCGUCAUCGCCCGAAAUCCACCAUUCCGGUAACCAAACGCAUCUUUCUGCGAUGCGGAACGAACCCCACUUGCAAACAGAGUCUGCCCCCGCGUCUAUCCAUCAGUCGACCAUCAACUCUCCUGCGGGGGAACAGCAAAUGAUUUCCGUUCCGACUCAGGACAGUUUCACCUUUCGGGCGUCACACCCGUACCCUCAAGAACCAUACCUAAAUUUGGAGAACCUAGACCUCUCAGAUUCGACCCGAACGAAUGACGGCGCUAGCCCGGGGUCUUCCGCCGUCCCUAUCGCCCAUCCGACUCGCUCGCGCACCAACAAGCGAGGACCAAGGCCAAGGCCUACGAAUCAUCUCGGAAAGGGAGCUGGUCAGAAGCGAACGAUCAACUUCGCCGAGCUAUUCAACGUAGGCGACAUACCAUUCGGAAAAGACAUGUUCGGAAGGGAAGGAAAGAGGAGUCGACAUAACUGAUCAAGAACAGCCACUACGCAUUUCUUGAUAUACCUACUUCACUUCUCUUGCUCCUCAGAUGGGGAUACGAGAUACGCAGCACAGCACAGCAGCUACGACGCUUGACGAAGUUAAUGGGGUUCAAAUUAGGAUUGGAAGGGGGGGCAUUGCAUGGUAGCACUGGCAAGCAUUUUGAGGCGUUGAGUACUAUGACAUCGGUUCGUUGUUGUCC